AUGAGCUCUCGAAAAGCAAAAACCUCAAGAAAUGAAGCUUUUAAAGAGAAAGAGAAGUCGAAAGAGCUUAAGAAAGAUGAACCAAUCUCAAUUUCUUCUACUUUACUGAAAUUGGUGUUACUCGACUUCUCCGCAAUCCCAAUUCUAGCAGCCGUUCAACGUCUAUCACCAUAUCUGAAUGCAUAUACAAUCCCAAUGGUCGGCAUCUUGGUUUGUAUGGGAGUGGUCUGGGUUGGCUCGCAAAUUUUGCCAACUCGUCGAAAUCCUUGGUAUUAUUUCUUCAUUCUCUGCUCGUUCACAUGUAUUGUCGAUCUAGCAUUGGCUUUAGAAACGAUCGGAUUAUCUCAUGGUGCCUUUGAUCUCUGGCUGAACAUUGCCGAGCCUUACCUUGACACAACUUGGGGUGCCGGUGUUAACCUAAUCGAUGCCACUGUUCACUAUUCUCUGUAUAUCUUUUUAAUCAAGAGAAUACUUGAAGAGAAAAACUAUGAUUUACUUGGACUUUUCUGGUGUGGUAGUAUUCUCAAUAGCAUGUUCGUUCUUCUCGGAUCAGCCAUUUGGGGGAAUCAAUUGGAAGAACAUGAGCUUAAAGCUGGGAUUGUUUUAAACAUCCCAUAUGUUUUUUUACCUCUUCUUUUCUUUAUGGAGCAAAUGUUUGGAAAUCAAGAAGCACAAGGACCCCAACAACCAAGACCAUUUAUUUUAAUGGCUCGUUUAUUCCCUUUGGUUUCUCUUCUUAUUGGUGGAGCAAUUGAUUUGUUGGCCGUGCCAAUGUUUACAGCUCAUAUGGAAUGCACGAGUAUAUUCACGAGAACUCAGUACUAUGUUGGACUGGGAUUUGCCAUAAUUCUUAUCAACUUUCAAUUGGAUGCAAGCGUCGAGAAAGGAAAGAAGAUGACUUAUUUCAUUGCUGGUCAAGCUCUACAUGCUUUGCUCUCAAGCGUUCUCCAUUGUGCUGUUCUC